AUGAAUCCCAACCCUCAGUUUCCGAAUGCCCCAGGCGGCGGGGGGAUGCCCGGUGUCAAGCCCGGCAUGCAGCCGCCCAAUAAAGAGAAUCAGAAUAUUAUCAUGAGCCAUGUCGCCCAGGCGUUACAAAGUCAAGGUCCAUUCAGUGGAUGGAAAGCCGACGUUCUCUUAAAAGUUCGUGCCGUGAAUGUUUGGCAAAUGAUUACCUCACUCCGCCUAAUCCAACCUCGUAUUGAUAUCCAAAACGCCGCCAACGCUGCCUUGAGUUUCGAGCAGAAAGCCUUUAUGAAGGCAAACGAAAGAAGUGAUUACGACCGCGACUGUAACGAAAAACUGAACCACAUCAAAGAUACCCGACAAAGACAAGCUGCGGUCGCCCUGAAUUUUAACCCCCAAGGGGGCAUGAUGCAAAAUCAGAUGCAGGGUGGUUUCCCUCAACAGAUGAAUCGAGGCAUGCAGUCGUCCCUGAUGCCAGGUCAACAACAGAUGGCGAUGGGAAUGAAUGAUCCAAAUCAACAAGUCGCGAUGCAACAGCGCCAGCAACAACAAUCUGCCCUUCUUCAACAACAGCAACAACAACGAGCACAGCAACGCCCUGGGAACGGGGGGACCAUUCCUGACGAUCUAAACAAUCUGUCGCCACAAGAAACCGAUCAUGUUUCUCGACUCGCCAGCCAAAUGCUAGCCAAGACCUCUCCAGAGGAUAUGGAGAAGAUCAAGCUGAACCUUUCGAAUAUGAGUCCCGAACAACGCCAAUAUUUGGCUCGCAAGAACAUGGAUCCUAUGACAUAUUUCUUUCGCUCACAGGCUUUGAAUCAACUGCGGCGUCACCGACGGGCGCGUAUGGAUAGUAUGGGUCGAGGAAAUAAUCCCGGCAUGGACCCCAACGGCGCCAUGAUGGGAGAUCCUAGUAUGAUGAAUCAACGUCAACUCUUUCAGAACAUGAUGAAUCUCCAGCGUAACUCCGGUUUCUCGGGGAGCCCCGGCCAAGGGUUGGAGCCGAAUGCUUUUAUAGGCAACGUGGAAAAUAUUCAGGGCCAACAGGCAGACGGUCUGCGGUCGCAGGAAGCAGGUCAGCUAGUGGUCCCUGCGAGCUCAUCACAGAUGAACCAGCCACCCUUCCCCAACCAACAACAAAGCAUGUUCCCGCAGCAGAUGGGCCAGAACGGCCAAGGUAUGAACAACGGUGGCAUGAACCCUCAGCUCUUUAGCCAGCAACAAUUCCAGAACGGCUCAAAUGGAGCUCAAGACAGGAUGCAAUUCCAAGCUCAGCAAUCGCAGGCCCAGAUUCAAGCUCAGGCUCAGGCUCAGGCACGUGCUCAAGCUGCUGCAGCACAGAAGGCGCAGAUUGCUUUAUCAGGUCAUGGCGGGCAAGCAAACGCCCAGUCACAAGGGCAUAUGACGCAGUCUAGUCCUGUCAUGCCAAUGUUAAACCAACCUAUGGCUCCUAGCCAGAUGUCCCCCGUUCAAGUACCUGGUGGUCAACCUCGUCCUCCAUCGCGCCCACCAAACAUGGGUCAACAUGCUACUGGUUUACAGGGCCAAUCUAAUAUGCAGGGUCGACCCGCGAUCCCACCGGGCCUUCCACAAGCAGUUCAAGAACAACUUGCACAGAUGACCAACGAGCAGCUACAAGCCUUCUUCAUGAAUCAACGUCGUGCUGCGAUGGCGAGCAACAUGGCCCGAAAUGGCCAGCAACAGCCUGGCGCUAUGCAGCAGGGGGGUUCGCGUCCUGGACAGGGUCAGGCCAUGUUCAAUGGCCAAAUGGCUAACAAUUCUGCAAUGAGAAAUGGGAUGAAUAUGCCACAGGGUAUGAACCAGACAGGAUCCAAUCAGCCACAGCAGAUGCCAAGCCAGGGCUUGACGCCGCAGCAACGUGCUCAGCAGCAGCAACAACGUCAGCAAGAGCUCUACAAAUCGCAGCUUCUACGCGCACAAAAUAACGGGGUGGAGAUGACUCCUGAGCAGGCCAAGGAAAUGGAUCGAGCUGCUUUCCCACCGUCUCUACUCAACAACCAGAACAACAACCCUGCACAAGUGCCCAAGCAAAUCAAGACCUGGGGUCAACUAAAGCAGUGGGUUGCUGCGAAUCCUCAAGCUUCAAUAGGCGUUGACCCCGCAAAGCUGAUGGUACUACAAAGGCUUCAUUUUGGACAUAUUAUCGCUGCUCGCACUGGGGGCGGGGGCGAUCCAAAUAGCCAGGGCCAAGGCAUGAUGUCACAGUCUAUGCAAGCACCUCAAGGCCAGAUGUCGAAUAACCCGAACUUUGUCAAUGGGCAGAUGCAGGGUCAAGGCGAUAUGAUUCCUCCAGUUCGACCGAUCACCAAUUCAGAUGUGCAAAUGGCUAGAGUGAAACUCGGUACGAAUUCUAAUAAUUUCACCGAUGAUCAAAUUCGCGAGAUCUUGCAAAACCGCCAGAAGCAGAUCUUUAUGCAGAAUAUGCGCCAACGACAAAUGAACGCUGGGCCUGGUAUGCAGCAAGGUGGUCAAAUGGCCCACGCAAUGCCACAACCUGCUGCUUUUCCUCCUCCUCCACCCGCAGCUCAGCCGAAACAGCCAGCUGCCCAACCGCCACCAGUAACCACCGAAACACAGGCAUCGAAUACGAAGGCAUCGACUGGAGGGCCCACGAAGAAUGCGAAGUCUUCUGCCAAACAGGGUGCAAAGAACAGUAAAGUCAAAGUUGAAAAUAAUGAAGACACUCGCGCGUCAGCUACUCCCCAACAGCCUCAGCCGGCAGCUACUCCGGCAGCAGGUGCUCCUCCCCCUCGACAAAUGCCUCAACUAUCUCAGGAGCAACUUGCUUCAAUGACACCACAGCAGCGAUCGCAGUUUGAGGCCCAAGUACGGAGGCAACAACAAGCUAUGCGUGCUGUGUCUAUCAAUCGGGCUACUGCAGAAGAGAACUGGAACAAGAAUCUUCCUCCUCAUAUUAUGGAAGUUGCGAACGAGAUUUCCCGUAAUGCUCCUCCUAUUAAGCCCAUCCAAUUGACUGCUGAGCAGAAAGCUUUGAUGUCUCAGCAAAUUAUGGAGAAUUUGGAUGUGAUAAGCAGGAUGGAUGCGGUAGUCGUACGCGGCUUUGCUAAUUCACCUGGCCACGAGAAGCACAUCAGACAUCUUCUUGCUAUGCGUUUUCAAUUGAUGCGACAGUUCAAAGACACCCCAGAGUGGGUUCUCAAUGAAAAUUUCACCAUCCAACCAGAAUGGCUACAGGGCACCAUUAUGUUCAUUCGGAAGUUUUUCCAGCUAAUGAUUAUGAGCAUGAGUAAACAGCGACCUAAUCCCAAUCAAGCUCCACAAGUUCCACCGGCUUCUGCUGGCCAGCAAAGCCCUGCGAAUCCCAAUGCAUUGAACUCGUCGAAUCUUAGUGCCUUGCAAAAACAAGAAGAUGCUCUCCAAAACGCUCGACGCUCGUCUACUCAAUCUGGAGCUAAUGCUGCGCCCGCGCCAUUUGGAGCACCUUCUCCACAGGGUGUUCCACACGCGUACGGCCCAGGCGGCCUUGUUGCCGAAAAGCUGAAACUCCCUCCACCCAAGAAACGAAAGCAAUCCCAAGCUGGAACAGUUCUCGACUCCCCCAUACAAUCUAGCGGCCCUCCGGUACCUACAGCAGGUUACCAAAGAGCUAUGGCGGAUGCCAAAAUUGCAGGCGCAGCCUUGGCUGGUGCUUUCAAGUGCAGCGUCGUUGAGUGUCAACACCAUUUCCAAGGAUUCCCGACACAGGUUGCCUUGGAUAAGCAUGUGGAAGAGAGCCAUCAACCCGAAGAGGAAGAAAUCAUUGACAACCCUAUGCAAUACUAUCUUGAUGGUGUUUCCAUUGGCCUGGGAUUGACUACUGAUGGCCAACAACCCAAGCAACCAAUUGAUCCUGCUACUGCUACCAAUAUCAGCACCAAAUUGAGCGCAAUGGCCUCCCCUGCCAAGCAGGGCAUCCCCACACCUGUCACCUCCGGUAACACGCCAAUGGCACGCGUUGCUAGUCAAUUAGAUGUCAAGGCGGCGUCUCCUGCUAUGUCUGCUCAGCAUAUUUCCCCUCAUCAAAACACCAAUAAGAACAUGAAACUCUCUCCCGGCAAACAACCUGGAAAGCGCACUCUGGAUGAACUUGAAGGCAAGGACCCUUGGGCAGAUGUUCCAAUGAAUCUCGAGAAGAUCCAUGACACAUUCGAGCCUAUCUUUGCAGGAUGUAACGGGCUAGGAUUCAGUCAUGGUUACGACGCUUUCGAUGAGUUCAUGAAUACAGAGAUGUGGCAAGAGCAGGCGGCGGAUAACACUCCUGACUCUCGUGACAUCGCUCUGGCAACUUUGACUCCCACGGAUGACGACCCUAAGGCAGGCCCCAAGGAUCUUCCUUGGUAUGAUUGGAUGCCAUGGGAUGCUGAGUCCACGAAGGAGGCUGCAGACUGGAUGCGAAUCCCUGCCGAUCCUUCUGACCCGCUCAUCUCGUCUAUGUUGGACUCCAACGGAGGAGAUGCUAUGCGAAUUGAUUGGUCGAACCUCGAGCAACAACAAAAGGAAAUGAACUUGGAGAAUGGCGGCAUUGCCAUCGCUGCUCUGUGA